AUGCGCUGUAUACACAGGUUCCACCGGCGCAUGGUGGAGAGUGGGGAUUGGGAUAGAAUACUCCGUGUUCUAUCUGCCAAGCUCUCCGAACAAGGCUGGUCCGACGAAUUGUAUCAUCGUGCAAAGGAGCGCGCACGUAUGAUGGACCCGCCACUUUUCAAAACCAUAUUGGAGGAAAUAACGCUCCAUGGUGAAGCGACCGUUCCAGUCAGUGUAAGGCGUGAGACGACGGCUCAGAUACGACAGUUCGUAAAAGACCAAUUUGAGAAGUGA